AAAUCAUGAUUUCUCCGUUUCGUCGUCAGGAAAUUCUCUCAUGUUUAUAGCCUUCAUCCUCGCUUUUUUGAUCGGGGUCUUUUCCGUUUUGCUUUUGGAAGCCUUUUUGCUUUACAAAUGGUGGAGUUCUGCAGGUGUGGAUGCGCAAAAACUUUACCCACAGCGCAUCAAAGUCACCAAUCCAGAGCCUCUAGCAGAUUACUGCAAGAAGGAUCAAGCCACUAAACCUGAGUCAUGUGUUUGUAUGAACCUUCUAUUUUCCUUUCUGUGGAGAGAAUGGAGAGAUUCUCCACAGAUGAAAACAUACUUCUUAAAGAAGAUGAACUCAGAGUUCACUGAACUUAUUCAAGGAAAAGCAGCUAGCAAACUGAUCGAGCAAAUAACAAUUGAAGAACUUUCUCUUGGGACAUCACUGCCUGUUAUUACAGGUGCCACCAUCAUGAAGAUAGGAACAAAAGACCCAAAGGAAGUUGCAAAGGAGUUAGACAUUGCCCUUGACCUUGAAUAUACAGGAGGAUGCCACAUGGCUAUACAGGUUGAUCUUGUUUUCAACAAGUCUGUGUAUGUGGCAGUCAAGUUGGUUUCUCUGAAAGGCCGAGCCAGAUUACAGCUAAGCAGACAUCCCCUUUCACACUGGUCUUUUGCCUUCUACGAGGAACCCGAAGUUGAACUUGAAGCUGAGUCCCAGUUUGAAGGCAAGAACUUCCCUCAACUAACAUCCCUGAUAAUAAGCCAUCUUCGCAAGUCUAUACAAAAGAAACACACCCUCCCAAGCUACAAGAUCCGAUAUAGCCCCUUUUUUCCACAGUUGAUUCCUCAGGAUGAAACCCAGGAGGUGUAUGUUCAUAACAGCAGUGUCACUGUGGGUAGUCUAGAGGUCACUGUUGUAGGGUGUACCCGUCUACCUGAAUUAGAGAAUGAGGCCUCUCAGUACUGCAGUUUGUCUGUGGACCAGCUUCCCUGCAGUCAACUUGUUGAGAACAGGAGAGCAAUGUGGCCAACAUUUGAGAUUGAGAUAAGUCGUGAGAACAAUGAAGUAUCCUUCGGUCUGACCUUGUGUAACGAGAUCAGUGAAGAUGAAUUGGGAAAAACCAUCGUGAUAGAGACAGUUGUAAUAGACUCCCCUGCAUACAGUGUAGGAGUUAUGGCUAAAGAUGUACUGGUGGCUAUUGAUGGAAAAAAGAUAGAGUCGCUCAAGCAAGCUGCUAAGCUGAUAAAAAGUAAAAGCAGAUUCACUGCUACGGUUCAAAGACCACCUACAAGAAUUUCGCAACGAGUCGAUCGCGAAAAGCCAGAGAACGAACAAGAUGAGAAAACUGUCGUGAACUUUAAGAAUGUCGCACUUCACAAUGACAGCGACUCCGAGGAUGAUUUUGUCAACAUCGUGGUGCCACUGUUUGAAGUUGAAGACGACGAAAUGAAGGAAAUGCUGUCACGAAGCAAUAGGCAGAGAGCGGAGAAAAAGAUGAAAGGAAGAGAUCAGACAUCAAGGGGGCAACCGACAAGGGACACAAAACAGGGAUCACCAGCAUCCACACAGCGGGCGAACGCAGGCCAGAUAACUCCUGAAGUGAACGAUGAAAAGGCGUCUGUCGAAAAGACUCCUUUACCAAAUGGCACCGACACUGCUUCGCCAAAACGUCCAAGGAAGGUGUCUGUUUCAUCCCUGAAGGUGAUGGACGGACCAGAUACCACCAAAACCAAGCUGGUGUCAGCAAGCUCGGAUCCAGUCUGGAAUGAAACCUUCAAGUUUGAUGUCCAAACCCCUAACCUUCGAUACCUUAACGUGUGCAUAUGGAACAAAUCUCAAGAGAAAAACGAGAAAGAUAUCAUACUUGGCCAUGUAACCAUUCCCUUGAUGGACAUUGCACUACGAUGCUUGUCAUUCUCGUCAAAGAAACACGAAGAGUGUUUCGUCUUGGUUUCCCCACACUCCGACAGGAUUAUAUCAAAUCAGCCAUAUCUUCGCAAUCAUCCCGGUCUGAAAGAGAGUUUGUGCUGUGGAGACAUCACGUUGAUUUUCCAUCACAACCCAUCUCUUACGGAUUGUGAUGAGUCAAUCCUUGAAAAAGUGGAAUCACUGAACGAGUCUGCACCAGAGGAUGAAAGUCAAGAAAAAGACACUCUAGAAAGUUUGGAGCCUCCCAAACAUCAGUUUAUCUUAACCCAGUUUUAUUUUCCCACAAGAUGUAGUUACUGCAACAAAAAGGUAUGGACGAAAGUUGCGUUCCAGUGUAGAACAUGUGCCAUGAUCUGCCACAAGAAAUGUCUGCGUAAUUGUAUGGAUUAUACGCACUGUGCACAACAGCAAUCAAAGUCAGCGCAGGACAAAAAGGAAGAAAAAAAUGAAGAGAAUAAAGGCAGUGUGGUGGAGUCAUCUGUACCUGAUGUAGCAGAGGCUUCCAGUGAAUCGGAUGAUGAAUUCUUUCCUACCACAAGUGAGCGAUUAUCGGACGAAGAUGAAACAAAGUCAGAAGUGACAGAUGAUCCUGUAAGUGAAAGUGUUAAGCAUUCUGGAAAGACUGAAACUGCAGCUGAAUCAGACGAGAAUGUCUCCGAUAAGAUGAGAGCUUCAGAGCGAGUGAAAGAGGUUGGCAGAGAAUUAUUCUCCAAUCUUCCUCUGGAGGCUCGCAAAAGCAAGUUAGAAGACAUGAUGAGCAAAUUACAAGUAGAGAUUGACGAAGAAAAUGAAACGCUUACAGAAUUGUACGACGAGAAGAAUAAAGCUGAGGAAAAGAAACAGAAAGCUGCUAUAGAGGCGCUAUUGGCCAAAUCAGGAGAAAGAAGGCAAGCACUAGCCAUGUUGAUGUUACAGUACUGUGCUGGUUAUCAGAGCUGUGUGGAGGCUGAAGAACUCGACUCUUAUCGGUUGUGAAAGAUCGCCAGCAUCCAAGUCAACCUUUAAACCCAGGCUCUAAGAGUGAUCAGCGUCUAAUUUCUCUCUAAAUUUUUACCACUGAAUCAGACAUUAAGGUUUCGGAAUACAGGAAAUGACCACCCACUCAAGAAGCUCUAAUGUUGAAUUCUACCCUUGGUGAUUAACCUUAAAAACUGCUAAAACAUAUGAGCUAGGUAUUCAGUUUCCCUGUAUGUAGACUAAUUACUUUCAGAAGUGCUGUGCCUCUUUAGUUUUUUUAAGCUCAUUAUGCUCAAAUAUAGGGAACGAACUCACGUCGCCAAAGGAGCAGAUAAUGCUCUUUUAGCAACAUGCUAAAUUUGAUUUUAAAUAUUCGUUUCCAGUGCCCUUUUCGGGUAUGACUUGGCUUAUGAAGAAUCUCUUUUUGUAUAAUUAUUAUAGUAUAUCAAAGGAACAUGAGCAAGUGGCACUAAUCUUGCUGUUGUAUAUGAAAAAUUACUGAGUCUCUUGAAUAGAUUAAGAUAUAUGAUUGAUGUUAUUUAUAUUUAUAGAGAUUUUUCGUUUUGUCUUUCUCAGAUACCCAAUUAUUGAUUUCUGUUAUGCUUUACAGCGUAACCUUUGCCGUCGCGCAGCCUUCUUUCGCCAAAAAUGUUUUCUGCUUAAACGUAUCGUAGUUCAUGUUGCUAUUUUUUCCCUUUAUGUCAUGAGCAUUUUAAAUUGCCAGAAGUAAUGGUGGAUUUUCUGAUGGAGGUCACAUUGUGUUAUUCAAAAUAAUAUUUAAGGAGCUUCUAAGAAAUUUUUGGCUAGCCUAUAAUUUUCACGUAUUUGAUGCUCAGUGUUUCUUUGUAAAACUUUGAUUUCCACUUUCUUUCUUUUUCGUUUGAUGCCUGAAGA